ACCAACCUUAUAUCCUGUGCGGGCGACGUUAACCUCAAAUUCCCCGCAUCGCUCUAAAAACAAACAGGAUGCCGUACAAAUACAUCGGUAGAACGAACGAUUUUCUCGGCAAAUCGCUGUGGGAGAUCGUCGGCAACCUGAAAAACUUCGGCGUGGGACGCAUAGUGACGCGGGGCCGCUUCCAGCGCUACCCGGAACUCAGUUACUUGAAGAUCCUGAGCGUGGAGCCGCUGCCGGCGCCCGAGAAUCCGUCGAUGGACAACAUGAGACGGGUUAAGGUCGUGGCGGAGAGGACUUUCAGGGGCAUGCGGAUGCCCGAACCUGUACAUAUUUGCAUGAGCAGUUACAAAAAUGACUACCAGCUCGUACCGAAAGACGAAGAGGCCAAGUACACUGGCGCGCCCCUCACGGAUUUUGACAAAACGAAAAUAUUGCCUCAGAGGAUGGAGCUACCCCCGUUGAUGAGGGAGCUCGUGUUGAGGGAAAGUAAAUCUGCUACCGAGGAAGAUUUGCAGAUGGAAAUCGUUUACAACUUGGCUAGUAGCAAGUACAAGUACCGGAUAGCGAAAGAAGGGGAGGAGCCGACGGUAAGGCACCCAAUAGGUUUGGGCACUCCCAUCACCGACCGGUUAUACCAGGACGUGGAUUUGCGGGAAUGAAAAAAAAAACGCGCGUUUGUAAAAAAUGUUUAAUAAAGAUUAA